AUGAUCGUUGACGGGCUUGCGGAAACCAAACAGGAUGACCUUCUAGCUAGUCUAACCCUUCUCACCGCUCUUUUCCAAGUGGAUGCGGAAUCUGCGUCUGUCAUAUUCCGACAAGAGAAUGUCAUCACCGGGCUUAUGGAUGCUAUUGACUUAUGCCCCUCCGACACGGUUGCUUUGGAACUCGCGCAUACACUCUCCCAAGCCUGCGGACAGAAAACAUGUCGUGAAGCUCUCUCAGACGAGGCUAUUCAGUGGCUACGCAGCAGGGCAUCACAGACAAGAUUUCCGGCCCUACGCGCAGCGGCUGCGGUAGCGCUGGUCAAGUUAUCUAGGGGAGCUCUGUCGGAUACCGAAUCUUCCCAGAUAUCAGAGUCUCAUAUCGACGGAAAGGAGGAGAUGGACCUGGUGAAUGUCAUGAAGGGCAUGACCGUCUCCGGCGAUGACCAGUCUACGUUGUCCGAUGCCGUUGAAGGGCUCGUGUACAUGAGUGCCGAACCCAGUGUUAAGGAAAUGCUAUCCAAUGACCCCUCCUUCUGGAAACAGCUCUUCUCUCACGUUCCGAAACGUAGGACUGAGGAUACUGGAGUUUCAGUGCCGUCGUCUGUUCUUUACGGGAUUGUGAUGAUAGCUCUGAACGUCUGUCUCUACAGGCCGCGACUAACGGAAGAGGAGACGCAGAUGCUGAAGCUAAAGAGGUUGGCCAAUUCUGGUAAAGCAGCGCAAACUCAGGAUAACCCUCUUGACGAUGAUGAUCAUGUGAAAGAGCGGUGCAAGCGCCUAGUUCAGGUUGGGCUAGUGGGAGCUCUCUCCGCCAUCGUGAAGGUGACGGACAGUCAGGGAGUAAGAGCAGCUGUCGGGCGGACGCUAUUGUCCUUGGUAGAGAAUAAAGAGAACAGGGGGAAAGUCCUACAGGAGGGUGGGGCUAAGGCCUUGACGACGAUUAUACGAGCUCGCAUGGCGGAAGUUUAUAAGGACAAAUCUACGAAGGCGCAAUACGCUGCUCUGGAAAGCUCGGACUUACAAACUAUCCAAGCUCUCGCAAAGCUUGGGAUCACCGCGGCCCCCUUCCAGGUCUUUGGACCGGGAGAGGCAGUCUUGUACGAUGCCAUCCGUCCGUUCACGCUAUUGGUGAUACAUUCAUCAGCCAAUCUUCUGCAGCGAUUCGAGGGGAUGAUGGCGCUCACUAACUUGUCCUCGGCCAGCGCGGAGGUUGCUUCACGUAUCGCGGCGAGUGAAGGUCUCAUGAACAAAGUCGAACUUCUCCUACUCGAGGAGCACCAACUAGUGCGGAGGGCGGCUAUAGAGCUGAUUUGUAAUCUCCUUGCUGGAUCAGACCAGCUAUUCGAGAAGUACUCUCGUUCGACGUCGAAGCUGCAGGUUCUCGUGGCUCUAUCCGAUGUGGAUGACCUACCCACAAGACUAGCUUCAUCUGGGGGACUCGCGCAGCUUACGGCGUCGCCUGCGACGUGCGGAAAUCUUCUAGCCAUACAACUGGAACGGCGCCGAGUCUUGCAGAUAUUUGCCCAGCUAAUCAAUCCGGCCGCAAAUCCGGAUGAAUCCCAAGCGCCAGAACAAGUGCACCCGGGUCUGAUACAUCGAGGGCUUGUGUGCGUUCGAAAUUUCCUGACGUCAGUGGGCGCGGAGAACGUGAAAAAGCUUUCUUCGGAUAUUGUAGAAGCGCGAUUACCCAAGGCACUUGUUUCAGUUGUGCAGCGGUACCGACAACCGAAUGAUGCGGCCAUCUUAGUCCCCGCGGCGGAGGCGCUGAAGUUGCUGUUGGAUUGUGGCAUUGAAGUUCCCAGGUGA